AUGAACUACUCCUCACUCUACCGCAGAGAAGCAGGCGGUCUUGGGCUUGGAUGGAUCCUCGCCUUUUCCGUCGGCGGCGCCAUCCUCCUCUUUGCAGCCAUCGGCUUCCUCCUCACCUGGCGCAUCAGGUCUCGAACCGAGCCGGAAUCGACGACGGUAUACCAGGUCUCGGACAACAGCGACGACCAUCGACGAUCCAUCUUUACGAAGCGGCUCGUCAAGAAGAACCACUCCAUGUCAAAGUCGUGCAGCCGGCUCUCUUUGUCGCUCCCUCCUGUGCUGCCCCCUCUUCCGUCGCACAAUAGCUUUACCUUUUUUGGUGGUAAUGGGAAGAGGGGACGGUCGAGUAGCUGGGUUGAGGAGGACAAGUUCCAUGGACCCAAGGUUAGCAGGAAUCGUCGUGAUAGUCUGUUCAGCAGGGAUAGCUGGCUGGGAAGAGCUCCCACGCUGCCGAGUCUGAUGCUGGAGGAUGACUUGGAGAAGGGACAGCCUAGCGAGUUACCGGGAGACCAGCCGGCAACUCACCUGAGGGAUCAACAGAGCUUCGAGACUCUCAAGCCGAGCAAGACGGCUCCUGAGCUACCAACCCCAGCACAGGAGCUACAGACCAGCCCUGUGAGAAUCCCCCCUCUGGCUCAUGUCAGGGCUUCGGUAACGGACUUGGACCUUCGGGAUAUUCUUCGAUGCACGGAACAGCGACUUCGAGAUGGAAGCAGUCAGUCACCAACAAAGACUCCUGGCCCCUCGCCUUCGAAACGCUCUCAGAAGAUCUCGUCUCUGAAGGGCACCCCUCAUAGGAGCUCUCCCCUUAAGACGCCUCAUAGCCAUAGAACGACAUCUUCACUGGACUCGACUAAUACGACUGGAACUGUGCGCAUUAAUCGUGUGGCUCAGAGCCCCAGCAAGAGAUCUACCAUCCACGGAAUGCCGAGACCUGGACAUAGCCGGACUGUCUCCAUCAGCUCUAUUGGUAGUGCUGCCAACAGCUUGGUCGCUGAAGCCACCCAGGAGCUUGGACUUCCCGGGGGACUGUCAAGCCCGAGUCGUUUGAGGGGACGUCAGUGGCAACCCCUCGACGACAAUAGUCCGCAGAAGGAUCCCACCCCCAAGAAGAAGACCGUCGAGAAGGAUAGCCCUAAGAGGAGGGAGUCGCAGGACAGCGAGGCUUCCAGUUCCCUCUCGACACUGUACAGCGCCAACGAGCCAGAGGACAAGGAGCAGCCUGACCCGUUUGUGGAGAAGAAGAAACAGGGAGGUCUGACCUCGGAGAGUAGAUCUUCGCUGUUUGGGCCACGGUCCUUGAGGAGCAGGACGAGGACACUAAGCAUUUCCAUCCCAGCUGGACAGACGGUAUUUAACACACAGGGUCAACUGAACUCGAAUUCAGUGAGCACCCAGGCUGUUGGGGGACCACCUCUAUCUAUUGUGCUGCAGCCGCCACAGGAGUAUUUGCACCGCGACAUCAGCUAUGGAAGUCGAGAUCGACACGGCUUUGCUCUAGCGUAUCCUGUCACUGGCUCAAUGACGAGCAUGGUCACACCAUCUGUGACGACUGCAACUGAUGAGGAUAGCUCUCUGCAUCUAGACGAUCGGAGAAGUGAGAGUCCUAGGCUUGAUGUUCCUGAGCGACCAAUUUGGCCACAGCAACAAGAUAGAAACACUCUUGUGGUUGGUGCCCCCACGAGCCCAUUGACCACGGCCUCGUCACCUUUCGAUGAACAAGACAUGAUGGCUCUCCUGAUGGGGACGGCAGCACCGAGAAGAGCUCUGCCUGAUCCGCCAAGGCACGUCGCCCAAGUUGAGCAGAUUGUCAUGCCGACACCGCUGUGUCCGCGACCCAGGAGAGACUUUUCGCAGCACCUGCACCAAAUGUCCAUGACUCCUCCUGAGAGUUCCGUUCACGAGGGCGAGUCAAUGGUCGACGACCCUGGCGCUGUUUCCACAGGAUCACCUCUUCGUCGCUCUCUGUCCCGAUCUCUGAGAGAUCCUCCGAGUGGACCACCACCAGCGAUGAUGAGCAUGAGCUCACUCGGAAACUCGAUUGUCGAGUUGAGACGGAUGAACAGCAUGGUCAGCUCUUAUAGUGCUACUUCCAUGGCGUCGUCAUACAAUGAGCCUGACUCGCCAACAUUGCCCAACCCCUUGAACAGCACCUUCUCACGCGGUCGGCUCACCUCCAACCCUCGCACGAGCGCAUCUGGUCGUCAAAACUAUCUGAACCUCGGAAGCCCUAGGAAGAGCCUAUCUGGAGCAGUUUCAGCAGCGGCACCUACCCGACCAAUCCCACCAAGCAAGAGCAGCCGCAGUAACUUGGGAGUUGAGAUCCGAGAGGACGAAGCCGAUGCGGGAAAGGCGAACCAGGGACCAGAGCUCAAGGUGCCGCGGCUGGAUGUAGCAACCGGCCUGCGUGAGACGCGCCGCAGCGGGAAUCUAGGCCGUGACACGCGCGACUCGAUCCUCACGACGAGGGCAACCGGCAAGACCAAGGUUGGAGCCCUGAGCAAGAAGGAGGCGCAGAGACAGAGCGUCGAGAGCCUGGGGUUGUACGAUAAGGAUGGGUUUCUCAAGGCUUCACCUGAGAACAAGGGACGUUGUCUAAGGAUGUAA